GCAGGUCGUGUCUCGACACGGACAUACACACCGCCGCCGUGGGGGUAUGGUACGACUGUGUUUGUCCAACUCUCGAUGGGGCAUGAAGAAAUCUAGGCCAAGCGGUUGAGGCCCCUUCUAUUUUUAGACGAAUGGCACUGUAAACUUGUUGCUGUGUUUCAAGUAGCAGUGUACGUUCAUUUUUAAUCAGGGCAACAGAUGCAGUAGGUUGUACAAAUUUUUUAAAUUUGGUGAUUGAUUAAAACACUUUAAAAAUGUGGUCGUCUAUGCUGGAAGCCCUGUCCAAGAUCACCUUGUCGCGGGGCGCUAGGGAUGACGAUGCUGUGGAUCAGCUCCACCACCUGGGUACUGUUGCUCUGUUUGCCGCGUUUGCUGCCCUCAUCGGCAUGAACCAGUAUGUUGGGGAUCCAAUCCACUGCUGGGUGCCAGCCCAGUUUCCUGGACAUCACACUGCAUUUGCUGAAAACCUGUGCUGGAUCUCACAGAUGUACUCCAUCCCCAUGGAUCAAGAAAUUCCGUACCAGCCGGAAGAAAGGAUGAAGACAGAUAUCAGCUUUUACCGUUGGGUGGUGGCUGUCUUGUUGUUCCAGUGCCUGCUCUUCAAGUUCCCCAACAUGUUGUGGAAAGAACUGAAGGGCUACUCUGGCAUCAAUGUCCAGAAAAUUGUCAACAUGUCCGACGAGGUUGUCAUGACGCCACCAGAAAACAGGGAGAAAAAGAUUUCUGACAUUUCCAUGUUUAUUCAUAAGUGGUUGAACAGUUACAGGGUGUACAAGUACAAUGUAGUGGUGAGAGUGAAAGAAAAAAUGUCAGGCAUUUUGUGCUUUGCACUAGGCAAGAGACAUGGAACCUACCUGACUGGGCUGUACCUGUUCAUUAAACUCCUCAACCUGAUUAAUGUGUUGUGCCAGUUUGUCAUGCUGAGCGCCUUCCUCAAGUUCAACUAUUGGACCUAUGGCUUUCAAGUGUUGCAGCAUCUGGGUGGCAAGUGGGUGGAUGUUGACCAUUUCCCUAGGGAAGUGUUGUGUGAUUUCCAGGUCAGACAACUCCAAAAUGUACAGACUUUUACCCUUCAGUGUGUUCUAAGCAUCAAUCUCUUUAUUGAGAAAAUUUUCGCCAUUGCUUGGUUUUGGCUUUUUCUGCUAUCUAUUGCUUCAGCAAUCAAUUUCAUUAUGUGGACUUUUGAUAUUUUCUUCAGCAAAAGACGUGAGCAUUUUAUUGAGAAGUACCUGGUCAUCUUAGGAGACAAGGGCUCAAAAACCGAGCGGACAUUGUUCCAGAAGUUUGUCCACCAUUACCUGAGGGACGACGGGGUCUUCCUCCUGCGCUCCGUGGGCAACAACUCCAGUGAGAUCAUCGUCAUGGACCUCAUCAAGGUGUUGUGGACCAGGUUCAAGAUGGAGAACUCUAAAGAGACUGACGGGAACGGGAACGCUGCGUCGCCUCACAUGAAGGAGUCGCAUGCUUGAGGUCAAAGUUCACGAACCACACUGUACUUAUUAGUAUUUGGUAUAUUUUAGUUUAUUACCUUUCUUUUUUUUAAUUUUUUUGUGUCAUUGAGUUUUAAAUUAAUUAUUGUUGAGGUAAGAUUUACAAAAGUGAAGGAAAUCCAGUGUAAGCUGAAUGCUGGGAUAUGGUCAGUUAAUUAAAGGAUAUUCAAAUUUGUAGCAUAAAACUUGUUGUAUAUGGUUGUGCCUUUGUCUAAGGUGUUGAAACUUUUUGAAUAUGUCUAAUUUUCUCCCGUAUACAGAUGAUAUUAACCAAUAAUGUAGAUUGUCAUGAAAUUUUGGAAUUUUUUUAUACAAAUAAUCUAGUCUUCUCACAAAUUGUUGUGUAAUUACUUAAAUCUCACAAGAGUCAAAUUAUUUUAAUAUACUCAAAUGUUCUUUUAGAAAAUUGAUAUUUAAUCAGUUCUAUAUUAUUUGUAUAUCUGACAAUUUUAUAUACAUAUUUUAUUGAAUGGAUAAUCACAGGGUCCGUAUCUCAAAUCUUUUCAAACAAAUGCCUUAAAACCUGCAUUCCAAAUGGGAAAAAAUAUUUUUAUAUAAUAUAAAUAUUAGAUCUAUAUGUAUAUAUUUGAAAUUUUUUUUGGAUAAAUUGUUUGCUUUUAUAUUCACUUUUAUAAUAAAAAUUAAGUUGAUGAUGUAAAAUCAAAUAUACUUUGACGAUAGAAGUCACAAUGUUGUCCAACAACACUUUACAUUUUAUAUUAACUUCUCCACAACUAGAGGGUUAAAUGUAAUCUUUUUUGUAAAACUUUAGCAUUACUUUUUACAGAUGAUAUGAAUAACUAGUCCAUCAGUAAUGUUUGUUUUGUGAUGGCUUAUUGAAUCUUCCAUUAGAAUUAAAUAGUAUACAAUUGGUAGUUCUUACCUACUGCUUAAUAUCAAGACUGCUUCUUGUAAAAAUGCUUAAAAACUUUUUCUUUCUACUUUGUUACUUGUUGAGUUAAUACAUAUUUUUGUUAUAUUCUUUUCCAGUGAAUUGUUUCAUAUCUUGUAACUUUGAUAGUUUUCUGCAACACCACAUCUAAAAGUAAAAAAUAAGUAGGGCAUUAACCACAGUUAAUGGUGGUCUCCAUCUAUUUAUGCAGCGAUUCUAUUUUUUUAAGCAUUAUCUCAAAAAUAUGUAAAUGUAAUAUAUAUAUAAAAGGUUUUGUAUUUAAACAUUUACAAGUGUGCUACAGCGCUGAUAUUCUAUUUUAAUUUUUUGAUAAAUUUAUAAAUUUGGUAAAAUUGUACACAGUUGAUUAUAAUACACUAGCCUAUAUUCACUGAUGUAAAAGUGUUUGCUCUUUUAUAAACAAUUACUCACUGUUAAUAUCAUAUUCAUCAUCAAACAAUUUACACUCAUUUUUUCUAAUGAGUUUUAUUAUUUUUUUUUGUUAAACUUGCCAGUUUGCAAUUUUAGAACCAAAUCUGUGGUCCAACUGCUGAAUUUGUAAUUAUUCUUUGUCUUGCCAGUUUGUAAUUAAAGAACCUAUUGCUGAAAAUAAUUAAGUCACAUAUUUUUGUGACAAUCAAACCAAGCAAUGGUCGUAUGAAUUUAUUUUUUGUACACAUGUUAAUAGUGAAAUACUUAUUUAAGUGGUUCUUUAUAAAAUACGUAAAAUAAAAAACAUCUUUACUCAUUUAUCUGAAAAUUUUGUUUUUAUGACUUGAGUACUUUUAGCACUAAGGUCUUCAAUUUUAGAACCAAAUUUGUGGUCCAAUUGCUGAGCUUGUAAUUAUUUGUUUGACUUGCCAGUUAGUAAUUUUAGAACUAAAUUUGUGGUCCAACUGCUGAGCUUGUAAUUAUUUGUUUGACUUGCCAGUUUGUAAUUUUAGAACCAAAUCUGUGGUCCAACUGCUGAUGAUGUAAUUAAUGUUAUGUAACACUAUUAAUAAAUGCUUUUGACAUGUAUUUUUCUCUUUUCUAUGUUUUUGCAAGUGGUCAAAUAGUUGAAAUUUUUUACCUUUAUUUAGGUAUUUUUCAAAACCAUUUCUUUUUCAAAGAUGGCAAAUGUUUUUGAUAAAGUAGCUAAAAAUGUAUCAUUUCAAAACUCAAUCUAACAUUAGUUAAAAGUUUUUAUUUACUAAUUAAUUUACUGACUAUAUUGUUUUAACUUGCUUGUAUUUUAUUUCAAUUGAAUCUUCUCUGUAGUCAUGUAAAUAAAAAAUAAAAUAGGCUUUUGAUUAUAUUAAAAAAAAACAGUUAUGCUGUUUUUUUCUAAUAACACAAAAGAUUACAACUGCCUCACAUUGUCUAUGUCUAAAAUAGUAAUGGUAGAUCAAUUUACAAUUGCUAGUCAUUUUUUCCCCCAGAUGUAAAUCGUUGCAUAACGUAUGUCUCAUUUAUCAGCUGGUUUUUUUUUGGUGUUGUCUCAAAAUUAUAACUUCUGUGAACCAUUACAGACACAAGGACAUCAUAAGCUACACUUAAAUGCUGAAAAGCUUAGCAAUAAAAUUACCAAAAAAACAAACAAA